UGGAGUGGAGAGGAGAGGAGAGGAUCAGGAGCAGGGAUCAGGGAGGAUCAGGGAGGUUCAGGGAUCCGCACCGCCAAACUGGCCACCACAAGCUAUCGGUUGGUCGUGGCGCCGGCGGGCAGCCAGCGGGGUUCGGCUGGCAAUGUGGUGGUGACCACCACCACCACCUCCUCGGGCAGCAACUCCUCUAACGGGGGAGGGAAUGGCGGAGGAAAUGGUGUGGGGGGCAGCGGUGCGGGCGGCGGUCUCAAUGUGACCACCAUCACAACGACGGGCGGCGGUGGCGGUGGCGGCCAGUUGCAGAGUGCCGGCAACAGUUCGCAGAGCAACGGAACCACCUACAAAAUCGAAAUGCUCGAUGAGGACAUCCAGAGCCUGGGCUCCGACGACGACGACGAGGAUCUGAUCAGCAGCGAUGGCAGCCUGUACGAGGGCGACCUGGGCUCCAUGCCCGUCAACGAUGAUGUGGCCCACCAGUUGGCGGCCGCCGGACCAGUGGGCGUGGCCGCAGCGGCAGCCAUUGCCAGUUCCAAGAAGCGCAAGCGACCGCACUGCUUCGAAACGAACCCGUCGGUGCGAAAGCGGCAACAGAAUCGCUUGCUACGCAAACUGAGGGGCAUCAUCUAUGAGUUUACGGGCAGGGUGGGCAAACAGGCGGUGGUGCUGGUGGCCACGCCGGGCAAACCGAAUACCAGCUACAAGGUGUUCGGGGCGAAGCCGCUGGAGGAUGUGCUGCGCAACCUGAAGAACAUCGUGAUGGACGAACUGGACAAUGCACUGGCCCAGCAGGCGCCACCGCCGCCGCAGGACGAUCCCUCGCUGUUCGAGCUGCCCGGCCUGGUCAUCGAUGGCAUACCCACGCCCGUGGAGAAGAUGACCCAGGCCCAGUUGCGCGCCUUCAUCCCGCUGAUGUUGAAGUACUCGACCGGCCGGGGGAAGCCCGGCUGGGGCAGGGAAUCGACCCGACCGCCCUGGUGGCCCAAGGAGCUGCCCUGGGCCAAUGUGCGCAUGGAUGCCCGCUCCGAGGACGACAAGCAGAAGAUCAGCUGGACGCAUGCGCUGCGCAAGAUCGUGAUCAACUGCUACAAGUACCAUGGCAGGGAGGACCUGCUGCCCACCUUUGCCGACGACGAGGACAAGGUCAACGCCUUGAUUUCGCAGUCGGGCGACGAGGACGAGGACAUGGAGCUAUCGAAUCCUCCCACCAUCCAUACAGUUACGACCAUGACGCCGCCAACGGGCAACAGCAAUCAACCGCAGCAGGUGAAUGUGGUGAAGAUCAACAGUGCUGGCACCGUGAUCACAACCCACACGGCCCAGAGCAACACGCCAGCCCCGACGAUCAUCCAGAGCACCAAUAACCAGCAUGUGACCACCACGGCCACGCUGCCCGCCUCCACGAAGAUCGAGAUCUGUCAGGCGCCUGCCCAGCAGCAGCAGCACCACCAGCAGCAGCAGCAGCAAAGCCACCAGCAGCAGCAGCAGCAACAGCACCACCAGACGCACUUGCCCAGCACGGUGCAUAUCCAGCCGGUGGCCGGCGGUCAGCCGCAGACGAUCCAGCUGACCACGGCCAGUGGCACGGCGACGGCCACUGCAGUGCCCACCACUGCAGCCGCCGUGAGUGCCGCCCAGGCCCACCAUCAGCAGCAGCAGCAGCAGCAACAGCAGCAACAGCAGCAGCAACAGCAGCAGCAUCACCAGCACCAGCAGCACCAGUCGAGUGGCAGCCAAACGGUCACCGCCCAGCAGAUCGCCAAUGCCCAAGUCUGCAUCGAGCCCAUUACGCUCAGCGACGUUGAUUACACCACGCAAACGGUGCUCUCCCAAAAUGCCGAUGGCACCGUGUCGCUGAUCCAGGUGGAUCCCAAUAACCCCAUCAUCACACUGCCGGAUGGAACCACUGCCCAGGUCCAAGGAGUUGCCACGCUCCACCAAGGCGAGGGCGGAGCCACCAUUCAGACGGUGCAGAGUCUCACCGAUGUCAAUGGCCAUGAAAACAUGACCGUGGACCUGACCGAGACGCAGGAUGGCCAAAUAUAUAUCACCACCGAGGAUGGUCAAGGCUACCCCGUUUCGGUGAGCAAUGUGAUCUCGGUGCCCGUCUCCAUGUACCAAUCCGUGAUGGCCAACAUGCAGCAGAUCCAGACGAACAGCGAUGGAACGGUGUGCCUGGCGCCCAUGCAGGUAGAUACGAGUGCCAAUCGCAGCAGCCAAUCCACCGCCUCCGCCGCCGCCGCCGCCGCCGCCAGUUGCUCGGCCUCAUCCGCAUUGGCGGCAAGUGGCGGUGGCGUUCAGUGCUAUUCACUGAUCUCGGCGGGAUCGGCGGCGGUCUUGGGCCGUCGCAGUGGUGCGGUGGUGGGUCAACAGGUCGCCCCGGGUGGGCGGUACUACCUGGCCACAGCCACUGCCACCACCAGUAGCAGCGCCACCAGUAGCAGCUCCGCCAGUGGCUUUGGCCAGCUGCACAACAACAAUAACAGCAGCCUGGCGAAUAACAAUAACAAUACCAAUAACAAUACCAAUAACAAUAGCAUAAAGAUGCCCAUGCCCAUAGUGCUGGCCACGCCUAGUCUUCCGCAGGUGGCCAGCACGAGGUCCACCAGGAGGGGCGGUGGUGGAGGAGCAGGAGGAGUAGCUGCUGCUGAUGUGCUGCUUCAAAAGCGAAGGAAACCGAAUGCCUCGCUGAAAAACAGGUCCUCCCAUUUGAAAGCCAGCGAUGAGAGCGGCUGCUCCUCGGGCAACUCCUCCGCCUCCAUUCGCUGCGUGGAUAGCGCCAGUUUGACCAGUGUGCAGCUCCAACUGCCGGCCAUCAAGCUGGAGCACCUGGAGUAGGCUCCUCCAUUCCCCAUCCUCCAUCCCAAAUAAUCCAGCCCAUCUCGAAUCUAGUCAAAUGCGGCUUUGCACAAAACACAAAACAGAAAGUAAACAAAAAAUGAGACAAUAUAUGAAUAUAUAUGUGAGGGAAACGCACGAAUGCACUUGCCAUUUAAACUUAGAUGAAUGCCAAAAAAAAAAAAAAAGGAAAACAAAAAAAAACCCAAAUGAAUUAGUAGAACCAAGGGGUAAACCUCAGAUAUACUAACUAUACGAAUUGAAUUUAGGUCCGAGAAGAGAAGAAACCAAAAAAUUUGUUGAUAAUUGAAACCAAAAACCAAAAUCAAAACUAAAAAUCAAAAACUACAACUAAAAUUGUUCCUAGUUAAACAGAGCUACAAAUCAUUUAAACAUUUUCUAGUUAUAGCCAUUUGUUUAGUAGUUAAGUAGUGGAGAGUACAUAGGUAUAUGUUAUCGUGCACAUAAUCUUGCUUAGAGCGCAACACAAACCAAAUAUUAACCAAUUUAAGUUGUACAAUUUGGUUAGUUUUAGCCAGUAAGUAGUAAAGCAAACACAGGGAUCAGCCAGCGUAGAUGUUAGACGUUCACCUUAUUUGACCUCUUGACCUUUUCACCUUUUGACCUUAUGACCCACCAAUCGAGUCCCUGAAACGUAGUCAAUUCGCAUUGAAAAUGCCCAAAAGCAGGGGAACGAGUUUGCCAUCGGAGCUAAUUAGCUUUAGAAGUCGGGAGUUAAAAUGUGUGCUAUAUAUAAUAUCCGUAUAUAGGAGGGGAUAUUCGAUAUAUUCACCUCAAAAAGUGCGUGCAAAAUUAAUUUUAUGUUGAUCUAUAACUAUUAUCAUUAUUAUUGCUAUUUGCUAUUGUGUUUUAUUGAAAUCAUUAUGACUAUUACUAUUACUAUUACUAUUAUCAUUAUUAUUGUGUUUACAUGUUUUAUUUUUUAUAUAUCGCUAUUAUUUCAAUUGUUUUAGAGAAAAUUUUAUGUUUAAACAAACUAAGAGUGAAGUGCAAAAAAAAAGGAGCGAAUGAGAAGCCAACAAAUUUUAUUGAAUAAA